ACAGGCAGAUCAAUGCAGGAGAAAUUACUUGCAAACAAGUACGUCCGCUGCGUAGUUAUCUGAAAACAGGGGUUUUCUGCGAACCUGGCAACCCCCGUACAGGUCACACUACGCGACGCAGACUCAAAACCCAUGGCGGACGAAGUUGAGCAGCAACCAACUACCAACACGGUUGAGGAGCCACUCGAUCUAAUCAGACUCAGUCUAGAUGAGAGGAUCUACGUCAAGAUGAGGAACGACCGGGAGCUCCGCGGCCGACUGCAUGCCUACGAUCAGCACCUGAACAUGAUCCUGGGCGACGUGGAGGAGACAGUGACGACGGUGGAGAUUGACGAGGAGACUUAUGAAGAGCUCUACAAGUCAACCAAGAGGAACAUCCCCAUGCUGUUUGUCAGAGGAGAUGGCGUUGUCCUCGUAGCUCCACCUCUCAGGGUGGGCUAACCCUGACCACUUCCUGGUGUGAAGGAGCAUUUGUGACAGCUGGGAAGUUUGUAACCCUGAGGGAGAGGGGGGUGCUGUCAUGACAGGCUGAAGCAGGGAUUGGGUUCAAACAUCUUCAGCCCCCUCAGACUCUUGUCAACACCACCCUCUUACUUUACGUUCUUGACUCGAAGGUCAGAUGCUACACAAAUUCACACAAACUUCCAUUUGUGGGGCUGCAAGGAUAUAAAACAUAUUUUGGCUUCAAGAAAAAAAGUAAGGGGACUUUUGCUUUGGGCAAAUUGUUAUUAAAUAGAUUUUGUGAUUAUGGUUGAUUUCAGGCCACCAUUUGAGUUGUAUUUCUCAGGGUAUUUCAUUUGAUUAUGCUCAGUGCAGCAAUUAAUAAAUCCACACAGUUUGUUAAGCCAGAAAAAUUUAAUAUUUUUAAUCACUCCUAGAGGGUUUAGUUACCUCUUAUUCCCAGUCUAUUCAAGUACCAGAACAAGUUACAAAUGUCUCAUCAUGGUUUAUAGUAGCUGAACUGCUUCAGAUGGGUGUAUGUAAACUUGUUUUGCUCUGAGUUUAAAAAGUAUCAGACAGCACACUAAGCAGACAAGUUUUAUGUGAUUUUUGAUUUUGAAAUGUCUUGAGUGAAACUUUUAUGUUUGUUCCAAGCAAAAGUCUUGCAGUUAUUCCAAACCCAUGAUCUGUGAAUAUUUGGGAAGUUUGCGUUUCUCUGGGACGGUUUUAGUUUAAGUUUUUUAUACAUAUUUUUGUAGUGUUUGUAGGAAUUGGAAGUACAUCAUGUCAGAUGUGUCCGAUGUGUAAACAUUUAUUUCAUUUGGUUUUGGCAACUUGAAUAAAAAAGGUAAUUUGAAAAAGAAA